AUGGAAACAUUCAAGAUUACAAAUUUGUUGACAGUCAAAGUGGAUAUUGUGUUGUUUAUUGUUACCUUUGCUUUCAAUGUUGACCAGAUUGUUGGAUAUAACACACUUGGCAGUCCUUGGCGGACUAAUAAACCUUCAACUUCCAGUGAUUCUUCACGUCUUUGUGCAGAUAUCCUGCAAGUAACUCGUAAAUUAUUGGAAAAUGAUCUUCUUCGAGAUGUCAUCUAUCCUAAACUGGGUGAUGAUGGAAUGUUCAGUAAAUCAACAAAAAUUAUUGAAAGUCGAACCAAACCUAAACGAAACAUUGUCCACUUUCCAAGUAAACGUUACUACGCGGGAAACAAUGUUGAACCAUUUGUCAAUCAACAGGAAUAUGAAUUGAAAUUACAGCAACAGUUGUUGAACAGCAAUAGAUCGGAAAAUUCACGCUUUAAACGUCAUGGGCAUAAUCAGAAAUUUUACCAACAACAUUUCACCAAAAUUGGAUCUCUGUCAAGUCAAACAAUAAAUUUGGUUCCAUUGACGGUUCCUUACGAAGAUACCUCUUCUCUAGAAGCUAAUAAACAAACUCAAGCUUACCUUGUUGAUCUAUCUUCAUUAAAUGAACCAACAGAAGACCAAGUUGACCUAAGAUCUUUACGACCAAGAUAUUAUGUGAACCAAGGUGAUCAUAUGGAGAGACGGCAAGACGAUGUCAAGGAACAAGAUGAAGAAACUGAUGUCAAAGGUGAAACUGAAGGUGAAUCCAAUGAACCCAAUGUUGUCAAGAAAACAUUCGGUUACAAAGUAACACUUUAUAAAAGUCCAAAUGUCCAAGAGCCUCAAAUCCUGACGGAAGAAUUUUUUGGCGAUGGAAAGAAAAAGAAAGUGAUCAAAAUACUGAAAAAAGAUGAAGAUCAAGCAUCUGGUAAAACUAGAUCUGAACAGUUGAGCCAACAGCCAAGUUCCUCAUCUGGUCAGUAUAUUCCUAAAUUAGGCGUUUCUUCAACAAUGGAUCCAAGUGAUGAAGAGGAAAUUGAAGCUAGUCGCAAACUACUUGGAGCUGUUAGGAAACAAUUUGCCUCCGAAAAAGGAUUGGAAGCUAAAAGGACCAUCAGCAAAUCAGGAGAUGAGAGCCAGCAUGAUAAAAAAGGUGCCAAAGAGAAAGCUCUCCGUGAAAAGACUCAGAUUGAAUUUUUUGAACGAGAAAAAAUAUUUGCCAAUGAUGAUAAUCAAAAGACAGAAGGAGAACAGCCUGAACCUAAUCAAUUUCCAGUUAUGAAUGAUCGCCCUGCACUAGUCAGGCUGACUACUGUUGCUCCUAAAAAAGCUAAUCGACAACCAAUAACUGUAGUAUCACCGGAGGACCAAAAUAAUGAUAAUGAUAAAUAUAAUGGGAUGGACUUUCAAUCUUUACAUGAUUUAUUGCUUAAAAGACUCAAAGGUUGGAGAGAAAAGGGUUACAAAAUAACUACUGAACUGGAGAUUGUUCAAAGAGGAGCUGUUCAUGAUAAAGUCAGAUCAGUAAGGGAACGUGGUAAAGGCCAACAAACAUUUCAACGAUAUGAGCGAGGAAACGCAAUAAGAGGAAAAACUCCAAGUUCUUACAUCAGAAGCUCAUUGGGUGAUCAAAAGAUUAGGCAUAUUGAACCAUUGUCAGCCAAUCAUAAUACCGAUAAUGAUAAAAUGCAACUUGAAGUGAAGGAAAAUGAAAACAAGCAAACAAACCAGAAAAAUUUAUUUAGCAAUUUACCCAAAUUUUUACUUGAACCAGCUGAUUAUGAAACAGAAUUGGAUGGACCUGAGGAUAAAGUUCAACUUUCGCCUCACAAUCAUCGUCAACCUCUACAUCAGUUACAGCCGAUGCAAACUUUGCCUCCUCAUCCUCAUCAACAUCCACAUCAAAAUCCACAUCAAUAUCAAUUUUCUCAACCUCAGCUUCAUCUUUCUCCUCACUCUAUUCCUCAUCACCACCAGCAACAUCAUUUACAGCAUACUCAUUCCGUAUUACUGCCACCUCCGCCAGAGGCAUUAAAACUUCAAGCUUCACCUCCAUCAACAGGCCCUAAGACAGUCAACUUAGUGAGUUUAAAUAACACUAAAGGAUCUAAUAGACCAAGUAAAGGUAAAAAGUAUUCAUUUAAAGGAAUGACUCGCAAGGUUACAUCUGAAAAAAGAGACGAAGAAACAAUUGGUAAAAAGCAAAAUGUUAGAGAUGGAAAGAGUGUUGACCAGAGUAACUUUAAAAAUGGUGACAAGAAUAAAGUUUCAUCCUCAACUACACCAAUUUCAACUCUAUCCGAAUCUAAAGAGUUCACCAAUAAUAAAGGAGAUCAAAGUAAAAGCGCUAGUAAGUCGGAAGAUGAACAAUCGAAACGAAGAUUGGCAGCUCAAAAGAAAUUAAAGGCCAAAGCCAAGAAAAAGGCAAAAUUAAAACUGCAACAAGAUAAAUUACAAAAUCAAGUGUUACAACAACAGCAAGGAUAUCAAGCAAACAAUUUAAAACAAGCUGAUCGUAAUAUCUUUAGAUCUCCGAUGUCAAUUCAAGAGCAGAUUAUGUUUCCAGCAUCGCCUUUAGCUAGCAAUUCUGGACAUGGUAAUGAAAAUCCAUCUAUUCAUUCUUCUCUUGGAAUUAGUAAUCCAUUAAAUUUCUUUGAUGGUUUCCACGAUGGCCUUUACAUGCCCAAUGAAAAUGACUUUGAUGAUAUUUCAUUUGGUAAUCCAACUUUAAUCUCUAUUCCUGGACUGAUUGAAACUCCAAAUGGCGAACAAAAUCCACAUACAGCUGACCCUUUUAAACUGUUAAAUAAUCAGAAACAAAACGAUGGAAGUAACAAUCAGAAGCAAAACUUUUUCGGUUUUCAAGAUUAUACAGAAAUUGGAAAGAAACAUCGUCAAAAUGGAAUCUCUUUUGAAGAUCCAUUAACAUCGCAUCCAGUUAGUCCACCUCAUACCGAAAUACUUAUUGGUUCAUUAAAUGGACCUAAAAAAUUGACAUCACCAAACUCUGGUUCAGAUUCAAAAGCGAAUAAAAUUCGCAACUAUCCAACAUCCAUUCAAGACAUAACAAGAGGCAAGAAAAUGUCAAACAGUUAUACCGUUGAUCCUAGCUUUGGUCGAGAAUCGCCCGAUAAUUUAUUUUUAUCUCAACCUGGAAAAGAUUCAGAGCCAAUGUUGAAUCAGUUUAAAAAUGGCCUCACUUCCAAUAGUAAAAUGACAAAUGAAAUGAAUUCUUGGAAUGGUAAUAACCACAGAAAUAAUGCUCAAAAUUUUCAAACAACACCGAUUACAUUGCCUUGGUAUCAGCAUGAGGUUGACAAUUUAUUGAAAAGCAAUCCUGGAAAAUCAUCUUCAUGGGAUCAAGGAAAGCAAAAAUCAAAGCAGAUUACAAAUAAUUUCAAUCAACCAGUCGAUCAAAAUUUGAGGCAUUCAGGAAGAGAUCAGAGACCAGUUCGCUUUUCAACGCCAAAACCAAUAUCUAAACAAAAAAUGGGCUUUGCUUUUGAUGAACCACUAGAGUUGAUUACCGAAACACCGAGAGAGCUUAAACCAGUUGAUUACCCUCGAUUAACAUGGAUUGAGCCUGAAGCUGAUAAGGUUAAAAAACGUAAACAAAAGAAAAAUAAAUCAAAAGGAUUGAAGAAUAAUAAAAAAAGUAAUAACAAUGUUAAUAGUUAUCAACAGCAAAUUCAACAAUUAACUGAUGAUAUGAUCUCCAUAGGUUUUGAUUCUCAGCGAAUGCGAACUCCAAAAGCUCAAGACCUUUUAAUGCGUUCAUCUCAAAUUUAUCCUCUAAUUGGUGGUUAUUCACCUUUCAUUAUGCCUUCAUCAGCGAGUGAAGAUUUUAAUGUAACAGUUGAUUCCGAUGAUGAGGUUGAAGAUGAUGAGUCCAUGAAUCAUCAAGAUGAUGAUAAUCAAAGUGAAUUUGGUUUAGAUUAUGUUGGUGAUGAUAGAGGGAAGACGGAGGAAGGUAAGAAAGAGGCGGUUGAAGAAAUAAUGAUGAAAAGUAAUAAUUUUAAUACAAAUGUUAAUGAUGAUAAUGGUGAGGAUGAUGAGGAUAAUGAUGAUGCUAAUGUUAAUCAAUCUGAGAGCGCAAAACAAAAGCAACAGCAACAAAAAAACAUUCCCAAUGAUCCUGAAUUAUUAAUUAAAGACAAGAUUAAUGAUGAAAAUAAAGCAAAAAGUAAUUACAAUUUAAUCAGCAAAAAUGAAAGGGAUCCUGAUAAGCCAUCAAGCUCACAAAUUUGGUCUCAACCAUGUCCAACAUGUCCAGAAUUAUAAAAGUGAAUACAGUUCAAUUGAUUAGCCUUUCAAUCUCUCAGCCUCUUUUAAAUUUUUCAGUCAAAUUAAAUCUUGAUUACGACUAAAUUGAGUUUAAAGUUGUAAAAGGCUGAAAUGAUUUAAAACAUCUACUUUAUGGCAAUUUGUCAGCUAAUGUUUCGUCUAAUGA